ACGCGCAGUAAACUUGAUUUGUUCUUAGCUCUUUGACUGUAUACGAAGGUAAAAAUAUCGUUCGUUCAGUUUCACAGAAAUUGCAGAAAUUGAAGCGCUAAAUUCGUGGUCGUCACUGAAGUAUCUCCAGAAAGCUCUUUGAUUUACACGCUGAAAUUAAACCGAUCGCUGUUCGGUAACCACUAAGCUGCAUAGUAUUGAAAUUGGAAGUAUAUAUCUUCAGAAAAAUGGCAAAGAUGAUUUCUUGUGUUGGACGGCCAUUCGGCUUGGGAAUGCUUUACGAUCGUCGCUCAGACAAGUUGAUUCUUGGCAAAACGUUGUGGUCUCCCGACCAUUUAAAUGCUGCACUCGACACUAUACUACAACCAUUCACUAACUCCAAAGUGUUCACAGAAAACACAGUUGAAGAUAAGACAAGUGCACUUGACAUAGAAGCCAGCCUAAAGUUGAGUUUUCUGUCCGGGCUAGUUAAUGUGGAAGGAGCUGCAAAGUAUUUGAAUGAUACCAAAACGUCAAAGCAUCAAUGUCGUGUCGUUCUGAAAUAUGAAACAACAACGGAACUUAAACAGCUCACAAUGGAACAUUUAGGAAAAGGCAAAAUCCAAUAUCCCGAGGUGUUUGAUACUGAUAUGGCAACUGAUGUGGUGGUUGGUAUACUGUACGGAGCAAAAGCAUUCAUGGUAUUUGACAAAGAAGUCUCAAAAAACGAAUCUGUAAAAGAAGUACAUGGAAACAUGGAUGUCUUGGUUAAAUCUUUGGCAGGCAUCUCUGUUGACGGACAUGGGUCUGUUGAUAUCACCGAAGAUCAAAAGAAGAACUCCGAAAACAUGCGUUGCCAGAUGUAUGGAGAUUUCCGCACCAACGAAAGUCCAACAAAUUACGAAGAUGCAGUGAAAAUCUACAAACAGUUGCCUUCCCUGAUCGGUGAGAACGGAGAAAAAGCAGUUCCAAUUAAAGUGUAUUUAUGUCCAUUGAGUGCAAUCGACAGCAAAUGUCAAAGAAUGGUGAGAGAAAUCAGUUCAAAUCUAGUUAACAAGACUGCUGAAAUCCAAGAGCACCUCCUGUCUGUUAUCGCGAUAUGUAACGACCUGGCAAGGGAAGAAAUAUGUUUCCAUUUUCCAAGAUUAGGAAGACAACUUAAAGAUUUUUUGAAAACGAUAGAGUUGUACAAAGUCUUUUUACAGAAGAAAAUACUGGCGGUUCUUCGACCCCAAAUUCGAGGUGGAGGAGUUGAGGAAACUGCGUUGGCACAAAUCAUCCAAGAGAAGGAAAUGUCACCUUUUUCUUCCAAGGCUCUUGAACAUUGGCUUGACUGUAAAAAACAAGAAAUGAAGAAGUUACAGGGAAUAAUUCGCUCAAUAAAAGAAACUCCAGUCGUGAAUCCAGAAGCUGUAGAGAAUGAGCUCUAUGAUCCAGACAUCAAGUUUAUACUUUGUUGUACGUUCAAAAUUGCGUGCGAGGAAGACGAACAAAUUUUGAAAAUGGAUGCCUAUGUGAAUGACAGCGAAGUUGUUACGAAAAAUAUCAUCAAAGUUGACGAAAAAUCCACCUACAAAAAAGUGCGUGAAACGUUGAGACAUCUCGUGAUUUUAAAGUCAGUCAAUAAAGAAGACAGUUCCAUGAAAAUCCUCGCAACAGAUGAACCGCUUCCCCAUGACUAUGAAGGUGAAACCGGGGCUUUUCUUUACUUUUAUGAAGACGGAGAAAUUGAGAACGAGGAUCUGAUUUCACAACCCCCGCCCAACAACCUGAAAGAAGAAGAAGCAGGCGAAAAUGAAUUACGUAUUUCCUGGAAUGUUCAAGCUGGAAACGAUAUUACGCGUUACAAGGUUCAAUACAAGGAUGAAGCAAGCGGGGACACGUGGUCAAGUGUUGAUGUUGAAUCUAGCGACAAAGUUCGGCAAACGGUUAUCCUUAAAGAACUUAAACCAGCUACAAAAUACAUCAUCCGAAUCUGUGCAGAACAAAAAAUCAAUGUCGGUGAAUACAGUGAGGUAUUAUCCGCGAAUACAAAGCCAGCAACCUCUCCUGAUAGCUGCGAUGGAGCUCGGGAAAGCAACAACAAACCUAUCAGUGAUCGAAUCCCUGUCCCAAAACAACCGGCAACGUUCCGUCCGGAAAAAAUCCUUGGUGUGUGCAAGCUUGUCGAGCCACCUCAAAAAUGCAAACUUGCUGUCUACACUCUUCCUCUUACUCAUGUAUUUGAAGAUCCUGAUCUGAAAUUACGUAAAUAUGAGAUUGACUUGGAACCCAGAAAGUCUCGAAUAGCAAGUGUACCAAAUAAAGUUAUAAUGAUGGUUGGAUCAACUGGUUCAGGAAAAACGACAACAGUGAAUGCUAUGAUCAAUUAUAUUCUCGGAGUCGAGUGGGAAGAUUCCUUUCGACUGAAAUUGAUUCAUGAAGAUUCUUCCAACCAAGGAUCAGAGAGUAUUGGAAAACAGACUUGCAGCCAGACGCAGUUUGUCACAUGCUACACCUUGCCACAUUUGAAAGGUUUUAAGGUACCGUACACUCUUACUAUUGUGGACACUCCUGGGUUUGGAGACACUAGAGGAAUAAAACACGAUAAAAUCAUAACGGAACAGGUUCGCAAGUUCUUCGAGACCAGUGGCGACGGGGGAAUUGAUCACAUUGACGCCAUUUGCUUUCUUGCCCAAGCCGGUAGUCCAAGACUUACACAUACCCAACGUUAUGUAUUUGACAGCAUUCUGUCCAUGUUUGGCAAAGAUAUCCAAAAGAACAUAUCAGUUUUAUUCACCUUUGCUGAUGGCGAUACGCCUCAGGCCUUACCAUCCCUGCAAGAGGCCGGAAUUCUCAGUAAAGAAGAUACGUAUUUCCCGCUGAAUAACAGCGCACUCUUCGCUGACAACUCCGGAAGUAAUGCUAAUAAGGUAUUUGCCUCGAUGUUCUGGUCAAUGGGAAUGAACAGUUUUGAGACGUUUUUCAAAUGUUUGAAUACAAUGAAAAGCAGAAGUCUUGUUCUAACGAAGGAGGUGUUGCAGGAGAGAGCGCAAUUGGAAGUUCGAGUAAGUAGCUUGCAGGAUAGGAUGAACCGCGGAAUAAACACUCUUAGCUGCCUUCAGCAGAAGGAGAGAAUAUUCAAACAGCAUGCCAAUGAUAUUAAUGACAACAAGAGUUUUAAGUACACAGUGACGCAAGUAAAAAGAGUGAAAGUUCCCCUGCCAUCCGGUACAUACGUAACCAACUGUCCUCCUUGUAAUAAUACCUGCCACUACCCUUGUGGUAUUCCAAGGAGCGAAGAUAAAGAUGGGUGUGCAGCCAUGACAAAUGGAAAUUGCCAGGCAUGUCGUGGUCGCUGUCACUGGUCGGUUCAUGUAAAUGACUCAGUUCGGAUGGUGGAUGAAUACGAGGAAAUCCCACAAGAGUAUGAUGGUAAGAAGGCGAAGUUGGAAGAAGCAGAGAAAGGGUAUACAAAAGUCGAGGCAGAAAUCAACCGUCUUAAAGCGGAAUUUUCCGAAACAGAGGAGAUUGUUCUUUCGUUUGUUGCGGAGAUGCAACGUGGCUUACAAAGGCUAUCAGAAAUUGCCCUAAAAAAAGAUCCCCUCCAAGAAGUCGAAUAUCUUGACCUUCUCAUUCAAUCAGAAGAAUCACAAGGCAAACCAGGUUUCAUGGAUCGUGUGAAGUCCCUAAGAGAUACUCGGGAGAAAGCUGAAAAAAUUAAUAGCAUGGCGACACCUGACUAUGAUCCAUGGAAACAAUACCGAGAAAACAAAGAAACACAAAAGUUCCUUCGAAAAGAAAACGAAAGGCAGAAACCAGGAUUAAUGGAACGAGCUUACAACCUUGGAAAGGACUUGUUUGGGAAAAAGUAGAUUCUCCCCUCAAUGUCACCUCAAAAAGAAUUAUUAGCGUCUAUUUUUAUAGUUAUAGUAGUUACAGUAGUUACUACAUUAAGUAAUUAAAAGUGUAUCCUAGGCAUGCUGAUAAGCCCUAAUAUGGGGCGAGGCAGUUCAGCUGGUGAUCUGAAGACUUAAGCCAGAAAACUUUUGCAUGCAGUAUUAUUUCAACUUUUUUCAACUUAUGCAAUAUUAUUUGUUAUAAUCAACGCAUUAGCCAUCGUAAAUGAUAUUAUAUUCAAUAAAGCCAUCGUAAAUGAUAUUUACUUUAUUCUAUUCCAUAUAAAUUAAUUAUACAAAUAAUCGUAGAGAUGUUUUAAAGAACAGACAUUAACAAUGCCACUGGAACCGUGGACAGUGAACGAAGUCAGAAAGGCGUGUACCUUAAACGGUGGAUGAGUCCAAGUUCAUACAUUUAAAAAACAUCUUAACUAAAGUUUUCAUGAUAUAUUUUUGUAAUUUUGCAUGACGAACAGCAAUAUAUGAUUUAUCUUGUGUGUUGUAUUCCACGUAUAUAAUUUUACUGAUGCAUGAAGUC